GAGACCGCCAUGGCGGACGAGUAUAUAAGAUCUCUGAACCUUAAACCGCUUCCACUUGGAGGAUAUUACGUGGAAUCCCUGAAUGCAACAUCUAAAGUCCAACCCUUGGAUGACUCCGGGCGCCCAGUGAGGGAUGCCUAUUCCGUGAUUUAUCUUCUCCUGAGGGGAUCAGACAAUAACGCUUGGCAUAAAAUGAAGUCUGGGGAGACAUAUUUCCAUCACAUAGGCAGCCAUAUCAUCUUGCACAUGAUACACGAGGAUGGCAGAUACCAGACGAAAACUAUCGGGGACCCACUGAAGGAUGAUAAAGCCAGAUUGCACUGUCAUGUGCCAAAGAACGUGUGGUUUGCUUUGGAGCUUGAAGACAAGAAUGGCUUUUGCGUGUUCAGUGAGGCAGCUGGGCCAGGGUUUAACUAUGAAGACUUAGAAAUUGGCGAAAGAGACAAGAUGAUUGAAACGUUCCCACAGCAUAAAGAGCUCAUCGAAAAGUUAUGUUUAAAAUAGAUCUUAAAAGGUGGAGCAUAGAUCGAGACUAGUGUAAGACUAGAAUUUUUUUUAUUUUGGGGGGCUUGUCACGCAUUGCGUGACGAUCUAUUCUAACGGUCACCACAUUUGGAGACUGUAACAAAUACAUUAAAGAGGCAAGGGCCUACAUCAGGCCCACAUCACACAAACAGUUCAUUAUUUGUGCACCACUAUUUGUUCUUACAUCUCAAAUCUACCGACAAAACAACCUAAUUUGUGAAACAACUCUAAUUUUGAUAACCAGAUAACUUUAUUUAAAUGUAGGUAAAAAUACCAAAAAUGCCAUAUAGAACAGAAUAGGGGCACUUAUAAGAGGUUGUUUACUCAGUAGGAAUGCUUAAUAGAAUAGGGGCACUAAUUGUCAGAAACAAAUUUGAGAGGGGCACUCAUAAAAGAGGGGCCCUUAUAAGAAAGGGGGUGCUUUUCGGAAUGGGGGCCCAAAAACUAAUAGUUACUGCACUAUGAAAGUAUGUUUUACAUUAAAUUAUCUAAAACUCUUUCCAGAACUGGGCUGAGAAUUCUUCUAUUUGUUGAAGCAUAUGUUCAGCAAUUCCUUGCAAUCAAGGAUCAUAUCCUACAAAUAAACGAAUAAAAAUUCUAUCAAUUUUA